AUGGCCGAUCAAUCUCCAACAGCAAUUGGCGUUCAACUCCCACGCUGGUUGAUGUCACCGCCCUGUAAGAUAUGCCGACGGAGGCACACACGCUGUGAUCGCGCUAGACCAGUCUGUGGGCGAUGUGUGGAGGUUGGCAUGGGUGACUCAUGUUACUAUCCUGCUGCGGAGUCCCCAGGUGGCGAGAGAGAUGAUACCCCGAACAGGCUCACACCGAAAUCUGGCGCCCCGUUUUCAGGGCCAAUGUUCAACGAUGGCUUGGUUGCGCCGGCAACGGGGGACAAGAGGAAGAGAGUGACGGACAGCUCUGUGGAGCAAAGUGAAUUCACUGAUGGUGUCGUUGGAUCAUGUAUAAACGAUGAUUCCAGCGUUUCCCAAGUGCAAGAGCUGCGCCUACCCCAGCAGCCUCUUGCAAAACGACAGAAGAUGUCUGAAAAUGAUUCGGAGAAUGCCACUGCGCUGGCACGAGAUCAGAAGAGCGUAUCUCCCGAUUCACCAGAAGACGAAAUUGAGCUCCGGUGCAACUUGACCACCGAAAUUAACGACAACUCUGCGCAAAAUCAUGAUGUUACUCUCUCAAAAAGCAAGGCAGAACGUUCGGGCAAUGAUGCUGCCUGUCUUCAAGCGCAUGACCAAUGGGCUGAGCUUGAAGUAGACGAUCUCAUCGAGCAAACAGCAUCCAAGCUCAGAGCGAAAGGCCGGUGCUCUUCUGCGAUUCUUAGUCGGUUUGAAAACUUCUUAUAUGGCCCAUUGAUGAGCACUGAGGAGAGGAGAACUCAAGAACGUGUCAUAUGUGCCGAGGAGUGCUUCACAAGCGCCGCGUCCUCACCGCCGACGACAGAAAGCCACAUCAGAACCCAACUUCAUCGCUUAAAAACUGUCAUUCUGGACCCUGCAGCAUACGGCUUAGACGAGAAAUGCCCACACUUGGAAUCGUUGCGCGAGGGGCUUAUUGCAGCGAUAACAGUCAACGUGGCGCUGCCCCGUCCGUUAUAUACAAAGCUCUUGGAGUUCCUAGACCCAACGGGGGUUAUUACCAAUACGAGUACACACGGUGAAGUUCGCAAAGUGACGACCUCAAAUUCAAAGAGGAAGGUGCCAUCCACAGCCAUCAGCCCAUCCUCUUCAUCUCACACUACCCCUGCUAGACCAUCUCGACCUAGUCUUGACUUGAACAAUCCACGUGGCGAAAACAUGGCGUCACAUUUCCUGAAGUCAACGCCUACCAUACAGCGUGAGACCAAAACACAUGAGUCUGCCAGUCGGUCUGCCAACCCCGGCACUUCAGUCGCCAUGGGUUCGAUGCCUGCUGCUCCAGCCCCCAAGUCAUCUGCGUCUGACUCAAUAAAUGCGACAGCUUUGGUAUCUGCUUCCUCCAGCAGCAAUCAAUUCUCCUCCGAGUUUACCAAGAGGCUUUUCAAAAUCUUUCGCACGAAGCAGGCGCCCAUGCUGCCCGUUCUUGACCUCAAGGAACUCCAAGUAGCUUUCGACCUGGCUAUGGAUCAAGGACAGUUCGGACCGCAAGUCAUCGAUCCGACCGUCGGACUUUGUCUGGCAAUCGCAUGCCAUCUAACUCGCGAUAAGGAGCUUUGGAGACCCCGCGAUUGGUACGACCCCGCUAUAUCCAAAAUCAAUGCGGCCCAGGAUUCCAAUUCCUCACUAGAAUUCUUCCAUCGCGAAAUCCUCCGAGCCGAGUAUCUCCAUCUUGUCGGGGACCUAGGAACGGCCUGGGAGAUUGUGUGCAUAGCUAUUGUCAAGGCGCAGUCUCGUUUGAUGCAAGGCGUGGACGGCGGAGACCUCGCUGUAGACCAGCAGUCUUUGGAGCAGGUUAGGUUGAUAUGGCACCUCCUUUCGACCAAAAGAGCGUCUCUUGCCUUCCAGCUUGGUAUCUACCAGCAAUCCGGUGCCGGGACUUUGAUUCUGGAAACACCAUUGCCGAAGCGCUCGCACAUCGAGGGAAAGUUUGAAACUCAUAGCAUAUCUAGCCAUUCCCAAGUCCACGCAAGCUCUGCAUUCUUCCUUGCUUGUACCUCGCUUUACACGUUCUCUGAUGAUCUCAUUACUGUUGAGCAUGAUCUUCGUGUCACACGGAAUGAAUGCCCCAUGAAAUGGCUUUCAAUUGUGGACCUGAGUGACUUCCAAGAUCUGCAAAGAAAGCUGUCUAGCUGGGAAAGAGGUCUACCGGCUUGUUUUGAAUGGAAAGAGUCCGAAAUCGAAUUAGGCAUGGAGAAGAACCCUCAGAUUCGCCGCAUGCGUCUCAUUAUUCACCUGCGCCACCUCUACUUCCUACUGCGCGAGUACAGACCAUUCUUCAUCUUGAACCUGCGACUUUCUAUUGAGUGCAAUUGUGAGUUGGCACCUCAUGUGCCAGGCGUACAUUUACACGCGGUGAAUGCGGAGCCUAUCCUUGCCCUAUUACACUCUAAUGCCAUCAAAUGCAUCACAGCAGCUCAGAUGAUUGUGAAAGCUCUCGCAGGUUCAUUCGUCAAAGAGCAUGAUGACGACGCAAAGUGUGAAAAUUUGGGGUACCUACAUGCCGCCGCCCUCGUGCUGGUUGCCGCUUUGGGCAUGUGGCAACGAUUGACACAGCAUGGGAACACCAGUAGAUCGGCCACGACUUUGGUGGAGCAGUUCCGUCAAGCAGAGAAGCUUAUGAGAAAUUACGAAGAGUGCUGUGUGAUGGCGCCCAAGCUGAAACAGCGCAUCAGACGCUGUCGCGACUUUUUGGGCGUGCUGGAAUCCCAGUCGAAUCCAGGCAGCUCCAGACAGGCCCGCAUAAUCAUGGACGACUCACUCCGAUUCGACCCCUUAGUUUGGCGCAGAAUUUACGAUCGACUUGGCUUGGAAACCCCCUUCUGGAGAUUCCCUGACCCUCCCCUUCCUUCUGGCUCAACUGUCGUAGGUCGUCGGUUGACUUUCGGCUGGUUGGAGAGUCUGCCAGUCGAUAUAGACCUCAAACCGACUCAGACCCUUUUGUCCUCAUAA